AAUUACCAUAACUUUUUCUCGCUGCCUGUAGAGGAGCCGCUUAUUUUGCUAUCGUGACUUUAACUAUUAUCACGAGCAAGGAACAAUGCGACAACUUCCUAUGAUAGUUUAUCGCCACACCCAGUCAAUUGUCUCUAAAUUGAUGAAAUUCUAGUAGAGACAGCACAUACUUCCUGUCAGAAUAUGGAGUUUGGUCUACCUCAGGCCCCCAAUAAACGGCGGUGUUUGGACGUUUCGGUCGCAUCACUACUGAACCCAACAUCCAUCGUGGCGUCGGAACAUGCAGGUCGAAUCAUCGUAGAAGAUGAGAAGCAAAACAAUGAAGAGACCGAACAUUAUUCGAUUUCAUUCAAUUUAUAUCCGGCUGAUACAGUCGGGAAUAUUGAACAUAUACCUCCUACCGGAUUUCUUAAUGGUGUUCAAGGCUCCAGUCAGCGGACUGGUGCGGUCCAUGGUUUCCAUCCAAUCCAGCAAAGUUUACACUAUCACAAUCAGCAUUACCUUUCUACAUCGUUUCCCCAAAAUAAUUUCGAGGAGACUUCAACCAAUAAGAUGCUUGGUGAACUUCCUACUGGCUUUGAGAACCACACGUCAGCUACUGUGAAUCAAAACCAUCGACCUGAAGCUGUCCAAGGAGAAGCAAUUGCAUUUGCAAACUGCGAUCUGCAUUAUAAAGCCUACAAUCAGCAAGAGUUUGAAGAGCCUCCUGCUUUAGUGGAUGAUUCUCUUUCCCACCAGCAUCAGGCCUCAUCAAUGUUCGCUUUCAACCCGGUCGCGAUAGAGGUCACAAGCAAAGCUUCGUUAUUAUCUCUGUCCCGAACUAUAGCAGAGAUUCCAGUCCCAGUUCCAAAUUCCAUUGAUAAAGAACAUCAUAUACAUGUCGGAGAAACUGCCAAAAAUAAAAAGACUACUGUUUGUUUUGGUAUGUUUGCAGGAAUCACUGGAGAGUUUGAGGUCUCUCUUGCACAUAAUGACAGGCCAUUCUCUUCUCCCGUUCCUAUACGUCUGGAAACAGCCGACAGUUUUACGUGCCCUUCCAUUGGUAGAUUACAAGGAACCGUCUCAACGCAGCACAGACAAUUAUUGCAAGCGAUAUUGGACGAAUCAUCCAUCCGAAUCCAGGCCACUUGCACUUGGGAUGAAAAAAACAUGGAUGCACAAAGUCUCAGCAGUGUUAUACCUAGACUAAUUUCUUGUAUACUUUCUUUUACUCUCUAUGGGCCAAUGGAACUAUGUGAAGAAUUAGGAACAUUCUUUCAGGAUUACGAAAUUUAUCUACAGGAUCCUUUAAAUUGCGAUUUAAACGUGACAUACUGUAAUCCGCAUCGCCUUUCAUCGACGGACAUAGAGACAUGUCCGAUGACUUUUAGGUUGCAAACUGAUAUCCUUGAGGCUUUUGACGUGCGAGCUAUUCCCCAUCAAUCAGAGCUUCUUGACAUUAUGGAUCGACAAGAAGAUCUCCCUGAAGCUUCGCAGCCUUCAAUAAUACAUGCCCAACUUGAAAGACACCAGAAACAAGCACUGAGCUUCAUGCUACGGCGAGAACAAGGAUGGGCUUUUGGUUCAAGUAGUGGAGACCUCUGGGGCUGGAAGAGGACUGGCCAGGGUCGAUUAUUUCUCAAUAUGAUCUCAGGCGAUCAUCAGCGCGAAGAGCCCAAGCAAUUCUUUGGGGGUAUAAUUGCGGAUCCCAUGGGCCUUGGGAAAACUUUGACCAUGAUUGCUCUUGUUGCUUCGGAUUUGCAAAUACACAACGUAGGGAAUGCAACUCUUGAUAAAAGGACUUACAAUUUUGGAACUAAUAAGACAACGCUGAUUGUUGUGCCACCCGCCCUUCUAGAUACCUGGGAGGAGCAACUAUCUCAACAUGUUGUGCCAGGUGGUCUAGCUUGGUAUCGACACCAUGGCAAGGCACGCUUAGUAGAUGUCUUUGAGCUAGAGAAGCUUAACAUAAUCUUGACUACUUACCAUACAAUAUCUACCGAAUGGAAGAAUUCUAGCAAGUCAGACUCGUCCAUCUUGUUCUCUACUCAAUGGAAGCGCUUGAUUCUCGACGAAGCACACUUUAUUCGCAACAGCAACUCACAAAUGGCAAAAGCCGUUUGCUCUAUUCGUGCAUCCAGGCGAUGGGCAGUGACGGGCACCCCAAUUCAAAAUAGACUUGGAGACCUGGCUGCACUUUUAAAAUUCCUUGACGUCUAUCCAUAUUGCGAUGCCAAACAUUUCGAUGCGGAUAUUACCCAUUUAUGGAAAACGGGUGAAUCGGAAAAGGCAAUGGAGAGGCUUAAAAGAUUAUCCAGAUGUCUUAUUCUCAGGAGACCCAAGACCACAAUUAACCUCCCCACAAGAACAGAUCUCCGAUGUUUGGUAAAUUUCACAACUGAUGAGAGGGAAUUGUAUGAAAAGAUCAAAAGCAAGGCAAUCGCCCAUUUUGUCGAAGCUGUAAGGCAUGAAGGAGCCGAGGGAUUGCCAUCCCUCGCAUUUGUCAACAUUAUUCAGCAAAUCAAUGCGCUGCGCAUGGUUUGCGACAUGGGAAUGCAUUAUAAUUCUCGAUACGACGUCAGGGCAAUAGAAAACAAUGACCCAUCCGAAGCUACGGAUUGGAGUAGUGUCGCGCAACAGACAUUUAAUUUCCAGUGUGAAAUCGCAUCCAUCACUUGCCAACUGUGCAAGUCAAUGCUCGAUAUAACGGAAAGGCUUUUUGGUGGAUCGAGUAAUCAUCUAACAAACCCCCUUUUCUCCCAGUGCUGGCAAUUUGUCUGUCCAGACUGUGUCCAGCGUUCACAUGAAGAUUGUGCCAAAGACUUUCUGUGCGGACAUAGUCCACCUCAUCCAUUUGCCCCAGUGUCGUUGAACAGGGACAUAUUAGAGGAUGGUAUCCUUAUGCCUGCCCAAUCUACUCCGGGCAGCGACGUGAUGCUCAACAGGCUUCCUUCCAAAGUAACUUCCUUAUUAAGGAGACUAAAGAGCCAGCCAUUUGACUCAAAAAGUAUCGUGUUCUCCACCUGGAGAAUGACCUUGGACGUCGUUGAGGCGGGUCUUGACAAGGCCCAAAUCCAAUGCCUUCGGUACGAUGGUAAAGUUCCACAGAAGGAGAGAAAAAAUAUCUUAGACAGAUUUCGGAGGGAUCCUUCCAUUUCUGUUUUGCUUUUGACGCUGUCCUGUGGUGCAGUCGGUUUAACUCUAACCGAGGCGUCAUAUGCUUAUCUCAUGGAACCCCAUUGGAACCCUACAGUCGAGGAGCAGGCACUUGCUCGAAUCCACCGAUUGGGCCAAAAGAAUGAAGUGACAACAAUCCGGUUUUAUGUCAAGGACACAUUUGAAGAGCGUGUAAUGGAAGUACAAAGAUCUAAAGAGGACUUGGCAGGGAUUCUAUUUUCAUCCGAUAAUGGCAAUAUUCAAUCUGGGAAUAAGGCACGUUUGGAGCGUCUUUGUAGUCUCUUAUAAGCCUAGCGCGGUGGGUGGAGGAGCCUCUAGGCUAUACAAAAAGUCACCACCCUUUCUUAUGCGCCCUAGACAUUUCAGACUAGAUCAACCAGAUGAAUGACGAGGAUAUUGAUUCUCAAUGUCUGUACUGUCAACCAUCACCAUGGGUGUGAUUUAUCAAUUUCAUAAUUAAUUUAUGAUCCUCU